UUAUUUACUGGAGUAGUUCUGAGUAAAUCUAUACUCGUACACUCAAUAAUUCGACCAGAUAAUAACUUUUUUCAAAAAGAAAGGAAGCCUCGACACGAUGAUAACACAGCACUCGAAAGCGUGCAACGGGUGAGCCCGCACGCUCCACGCGACCACCAUGCUGUGCACUCCGCCCCAACCGCUGCAACACUCCUCGCGGUCGCGGCGCCCGCUCCGGGCCGCGCCGGCGCCACGAUGCUCCAACGACGCCCAGCCCUCGCCGUCCACCGCGUCCGGCGCCGGCGGCGUCCGGCGCCUGGUGCUCUCGCCCGAGGGCCGCGCGAAGCUGGACCCGCGGCCGGACCGCGACUUCUACGCGUUCCCGCGCCUGGUGACGCACGUGGACGACGGCUUCAUCGCCACGCUCACGGACCUCUACCGGGACCGCCUCCGCGCCGGGUGGGACGUGCUGGACCUCAUGAGCUCCUGGGUCAGCCACCUGCCGCCGGAGGUCCAGUUCCGGCGCGUCGUCGGCCACGGGCUCAACGCGCAGGAGCUCGCCAGGAACCCGCGCCUGGACUACUUCUUCGUCAAGGACCUCAACAAGGAGCAGCAGCUGGAGCUCCAGAGCGGCACCUUCGACGCCGUGCUCUGCACCGUCAGCGUGCAGUACCUGCAGUCCCCUGAAAAGGUCUUCGCGGAGAUGUUCCGGGUGCUGAAGCCGGGGGGCGUGUGCAUCGUGAGCUUCAGCAACCGGAUGUUCUACGAGAAGGCCGUCAGCGCGUGGCGGGACGGCACGGCGUACAGCCGCGUCCAGCUCGUGACGCAGUACUUCCAGUGCGUCGAGGGGUUCACGCAGCCCGAGGUGAUCAGGAAGCUGCCGUCGGCCGGCGGGUCGUCGCCGUCCUCGCCGCUGGACGCCGUGAUGAGGCUGUUCGGCGUGGCGGGCUCCGACCCGUUCUACGCAGUUAUCUCGUACAGGAACUUCAAGCCAAUGUGAAGCCCUGAGUGACAGAGCCUGUGCCAGCAUUGGGAUAAUACAGUAGUACAUACAACCUAUAGGAUUACUGGUGCAAAGCUAGUUUGUACUCCUACAUGUUACACUACAGCAGCAGAUCAGCUGCGGACAGAUGAAAGUUCAGAAGCUGAAACAUCAUCCAUCGAC